GGCCGGCCGAGCCUGACUGGGCACUGCUCCUCGAGUUCGCAAGGCUGAUCCCCAAAGUGUGCCACUGCGUCAACAGGGUGUGCUUCGCGUUCGGCGGGCCCGCGCCGGGCCCCUACAAGAGCAUCACCCCGACGCUGCCUUGCAGGGCCGCGCUCGACCAGCUGCGCGCGGCGGACGAUGUUGUGAACCGCGCGCUGAUCCGGGCGGACCUGACGACGAAGCUGUCGCAGGUGCCCGUCGUGUCGUUCCCGGUGGACUUCUCGGCCGCGCCUGGCUCCACCACCACCUCCAAGAGGUCCAUCGCGAUUCGCACUUUCAUCACGAACGACUUCAUGACGGGCGUGCCUGCGCAGCCCGGCACCGACUACAUGCCCACGCAGGUGCUGAGCGAAAUGGUCAGGGGCAUCCAGGAGGUUGAGGGCAUCAGCAGGGUGGUGUACGAUCUGACCUCCAAACCGCCUGGCACAACGGAAUGGGAGUGA